GCGUCCACGGGCGGCCGGGGUCCGCGGCACCGCACUCACGGCACCGACCGCGGUGUUCUCACCCGCUCGCACGCCCCGCGAAUCCCGCACGUGCGAGGGCACCGGCGAAUCCCAAAAGCGCGCCAAUUUCCCUAAAGUUCGAGUUUAGUUGGCGCGAAAAGUUUCUGUCACGUCGUUUGUAGUUCGAGUGGUGGACUCUGGUUAGCGAUGGUUGUUCGGGAGCGCUGAGGCGGUGUCAGGGGCCUCAUGAGCUAUCCAAUGAUGGACGACUGGGAGCGCCACGUCACUCCGCUGCUCCAGGACAUGGGCUGCCCGCCCGAGGAGGCCCAGGACGACUUCUUUAGCCAGCAAGAUUUGCUGGUGGGCAGCAGCGGCGGCGGGAACGGGGGAGCGGCGACGUCGCCCGACGGCGGGUCCAGCUCCGGCCCGCCGCUGUCGCCCGGCGGGUCGGGGGUCGCUGGCGGCGCACUGUCACCGGGGGCCGGCUCGCACGCCAGCACCCCCGCCGCGCCGUGCUGCGACACCCCGCGCCCCAUCAUCACCGACCCCGUGUCCGGCCAGACGGUGUGCUCGUGCCAGUACGACGCCCGGCUAGCGCUCUCAUCGUACCCGCGCUUGUCCAGCGCCGCGGUCGGCGUCUACGGAGCGCCGUACCCGUCCACGGAUCAGAACCCUUACCCCAGCAUCGGGGUUGACAGUUCGGCGUUCUACUCGCCUCUGAGCAACCCGUACGCUCUGAAAGAGGGAAACGGCGAGAUGUCAGCUUGGACAUCGGCGGGCCUUCAACCCUCCGGCGGCUACUACCCCUACGACCCCACGCUCGCGGCCUACGGAUACGGAGCGGGGUACGAUCUAGCAGCCAGGCGGAAAAACGCGACGCGCGAGUCCACCGCAACACUAAAGGCGUGGCUCAACGAGCACAAGAAGAACCCGUACCCGACCAAGGGGGAGAAGAUAAUGUUGGCCAUCAUCACCAAGAUGACGCUGACGCAGGUGUCCACGUGGUUCGCGAACGCGCGCCGGCGGCUCAAGAAGGAGAACAAGAUGACCUGGGAGCCCAAGAACAAGACAGACGACGACGACGACACCAUGCUGUCCGACGAGGAGAAAGACGACGACAAAUUAAAACCAAACAAAGAUGAGGAAAGGAAGGGGGACGAGCUUCUCCAGGGCAUGCACAGUCAACUACUCGGCUACGGGAUAAAGGAGGAGUCCAAGCGAGGGACUUCAGACUGCGGCGUGCCGAUACCAGCGUCGAAGCCCAAGAUUUGGUCUUUAGCAGACACCGCGGCAUGUAAAACGCCGCCACCGGCCGCGCAGCCGUGGCCUCAGCAUGGAUACGGGCCAGGGCCGGAGCGGUCGGUGUCUGACGGUGGUGCAAACGGGUUCGCACUACCUGCGACGGCGGCCGCGAGUCCAGCGAGCGGGUCGUAUGGGAGAUACGGCGGUUUCCCCGGACAGUACAACCAGCAUCCGUGCGUGCAUCCAGCGGCGUUCCCCGACGUUCAGACUGACACUCCGCCACAAACUCCGCCCAACAUGAAGGUGCCCAGCGUGGCCAACCCGCUGGGCAGCGGCGGCGGCUCCGGCUAUUGUUUCCCUCGGCACCAGCAGUCGCCACAGCGGGACCCCUACCACAACCCUCACCAUGCGAACAACCAUCAACCCAACCAGCACCACAACGAGGGUUCGGCCGCCUUUAAACCGUUCUACAAAAGGUAAAGCAAGUGGGUCCUGGGUUGCGGCACCUUCAACUAGGAACUUCUAGAGACUUCUGAGAGAUCACAUUGGCGUAGUGUUUCACUCAUCGAGUCAAGAAAAUUGGAGGAAGGGCGAGCGAGUCAUCCUAGGGCUAUACGCACAUCGCCUAAAUUUCAAUUUCACUGACAUGACAAUCGUGACGUGGAGCCGAGAUCGUUGCAGUGACAUUUAAAUCGUGUCGUGACGUCAAAAUUUUAAUGCAAUUACGGUUUUAAUGUCGUUGACAAUGAUUUAGUCUGGUUACAACAUCUCUGGCUGAUCUGGCCUGCUGUCGCUCUAACAUAUGAUGUAUAUUUAAUUUCGUAAUCUUUUGGUUAUUUAGAAUAAUUUGAAAUUCCUAAAUUUAAAAGCACAGACUAUAAAAAUGUAAUAUAAUAAAAAAAAGAUCCAUUAAUUUGUACUUAAAUGAGUAUCAUGUGAUUCGUAGGCACUUACAGCUGUCGUCUUGGUACUUAAAUCAUGUAUGGAAAAGUUGCUCAGUAUUUUUAUAGUUAUUAAGUAUAUUCGUUAAAUAAAUAACUAUCCAAAUUACUUAUAUACGACCCAAACGCAAUUAAUAAUUAAUUAUGUGUUAAAUUAAACAAUUAAAAUAGCCAUUGGUUUUAGUGAAUUUAUUGUAAAGUAGCCUUUACCCGCGUCUUCACUUCAUUAGAAAUAAGGGCGUUUAAUGCCUUAAGACACCGUUACAUUUUUGGAAUGAAAAGUACUAUCACAAUUAAUUACGUACCACAAACAACCAGCACUGACUCGUAAUAAAUCAGCAGAUACACUGACAUAAUGACAUAGAUAUAGAACAAAACCUUAAGGUUUUUACCAUAUGCUACUAGCGCCAUCUAGUAUUUAGUUUUAAUGAAGUUGGAUACUAAAUACUAAAAGCACCUAUACAGAAAAAAGUUAAUUAACAUACACAAUUUCAUAAAUAAGUACCUACUGUGAUCAGUCGCUCGACUAUUAGCUGAAUUUUACAUAGCACAGGAUGUUUCACAAUCGUGGCUUAGUUGAAGUCUUAUGUCAGCCACUGACGAUCAAGUAAUCUCACAUGCCUGCAGCGCUAACGGCUUGACGCCCGCUAAAACUAAUCGCGUGUUUGUCGCGAUAGGCAUGACAUCAUGCCGAGUUUUAUCGGACGUUUUACUUUUUUAUUACUGUUUUUAAUAAAACGAUAGUUUGGAUAUCAAUAAAAAUGAAUAACAUCACCACAAAUAGCAAAACAAGACACAGAUUUUUAAGAAACUCCACAUAUUUAGGAACCUGAAUAUGAAUAGUUCCUCGGUUAAGAGGUAGGACUUAACACCGGAAGGUCACGGGUUCGAACCCCAACCGUUGGAAUUUCUUGAGUAUUUACGACUAGUUGGUGGGGAAACGGAACAUUCAAAAGGUACUAACUUCUAGAUGGCGUUAUAUAAAAGCACUACAUUUACAAAAUUUGUUUCUUUUGAUUUUUAUACCGGAAUAUUUUUUCUGGUUCAGUUAGUACUAAACAAACAAUUUUAUUAAAUGUAUAGAUUUAAUUUAUAUGAUAAUCAAUAGAUUAUUGUAUUAUUAUUAUAGUUUACUGUGUAUUUAGUUCUUCCAAACAAAAUCGAAGUGUAAUAACUAUUGAUCCUUCCGGAACGAAGUGACCUAAUACAUUUUUCUAUGAAAAUCGAUUAUUGUAAAACAUUUUAUGUUUUUAAAUCGUCACGAUUUUUAUAUCUUACAUCUAAAGCGCCUAUAUGUGCAAAAACUUGCUUCAUUUCUAUGUAUAAAAGUACAGCUUUCUUAUUGAUCGUCAGUUUUUUUUUCAUAUUAUCGUGUAAUUAAUGCACCGUCAUAAUUAUUCAUUAGCUUUUUGGUUGACUAUGUUAUGACACUUCGGAAGAUUGUUAUAAUUCGUAGUGUUUAGAUGUAACUACGUACCGAGCGUGUAUUUAAUGCCUAAAGGAGGGUCGAAUGAAGCAUGUAGUUAUAAUGGUAAUAAUUUAUUAUAUAAAAAAAAACUUCUACUAAUUGUUUAAAACCUAAUCCCGACAUCUCUGUUUCAAAACUAUGAUGCGAUCUAUGCGGCUGAUAUUCUUAUGGAAGUUUUCUAUGAACAAAAUCCAGAAAACGCUGAAUAUAAUAAUUGUUUGAGCAUUUUGAGACCUUCUGUGGCGUAAUUGUGUAAAGAUUUACAUCACGGUGAACCUAUGGUCGAUUAUCAGCACAGGUAAAUGUAACAUUUUAUAUUUUUCAACAAAUCAAACCAGGUUUAGUUUGGUGCAGAUUUGAUCUUGGCUAGUUACCACCCUACCCGCCAAAGACUUACGCCAUUUAACUUAGCGUUCCAGUACUGAGCCAUUAAGAGGUAUACAUCUAAUAAAUUUAUAACCUUUUUAAGUUAGCAUAAUACUAUCAGACUGCAUUAUUUGUCAACAAAACAUAGUCUACGGUUUGGUUGUUGAAUAAAUUAAAAAGAAACAUUUCAAUUACGCCUUUAUUCAAAUGAAAUAAGAUCAAAAAUUCAGCCAAAAUUAAUUCGAAGAUCGCAGUGCAAUAAUGACGAGUUUUGGAAUAGAAAGGCAGGGAAUAGGUCCCUCGUCGUUGCGGCCCCCAUCUUGAGACCCGUCUUUGCCCUAACGUUUUAUUUGUUAAGCCUUUAUCAAUAAUAUUCUUCCAUUCAGUUAUUGUUGUUGUCAUUGUAAAUAGGCGGAGAUUUGUAGAUUUUCUAUUAUUUAGUUUCACAUCGAGUGUACAAAGUAAUUAACUACUAAUUAAAUAAUUUCAUUUCCAACGAUGGAACGCGUCGAUUAUAAAUAUAUUGUUUAAAAAGUAUUAUUAGAAAUAUACUGUAAAUAAAUUUAUUCUGAAUAUUAACUAUAUUAUUUUAUUUUAUAAAUAUUAAUAUCGAUCGCAGAAUCAGUUUACAAACGUAUCGGUAAGUAUUUGUGAAUAAAAAAAAAGUAAAUAUAUUUCGAUGUUAAAUAAGUCACGUGGGUAUUCAUAAGGCACGUUUGAAAUAUACAAUUAGCAGAUUAGCACACGAGUAACCUUUGAUGUAAUGUCAGCCACUGACGAUCAAGUAAUCUCACAAUCUCAACGGCGUGACAUCAUGCCGAUCGCCAUAACGAAAGUUUUGUGGCCGAUUCGAUACCAGUUUACUAAAAAAUGCUUUGUAUCUUCUGGGGAUUUUCAUAUGAACAUGCGUUUAAAACAAAGGUUGCUAGUGCGCUAAUCUGCUAAUCGCACUAAGUUUUCGUGUAAACUAAAACCCGGAUUAAUAUAAUGCUUUAUUUACAUUUCAUUAAAUGCGAUAAUUGUCUAUCAUUAACAUGAAAUAGUAGAAUCAUUUUAAACAUUAUUUAAUUUAAUAAUCAUGUUUAUACUAUAAUCUGUGGUUCACAUUAAAAGCACUACGAGAUAGGAGUUAGUUCUAAGAAUAGUCAAUUUAUGUAAAAAAGGCAGUAAAGUAAUUUGUUGCUAUUGUUCCUACAAAAUAGUACACUUUGAAAACGAAUUAUCUCUCAUUUGAGUAUUUAAAUUUAGUAUGAAUUUUGAUGAAAAAAAUAUUCAAGCCUACUCCGAACAUCAAUGUUGCUUUAGAAAUAUUUUGCGAAGAUAAAUAUUGGAUUAGGUCUUACAAAACAAAAAAUAAGUUUGUGAUUUUACUUACUAUAGCAUUUCAAGUUGACAUGCCUUGUCCUUUGUUUAUGACGUUUGUGUGAGAGAUGCGAUAACCCGAGUUACUCAUAGAUUCCGUGGCUAUCUCAAACGGUAAUAAAAAUAGAAAUCCAUCUUUAUGUUAAUAAAAAAAUCGGUUGUCUGUAAAGACGGUUUACUGAUGACAGUAAAAAGUGACAACACCAGAAAAUACUGAUGGAAUGGUGCAUUUUUGAAAAGAAAAUUUUAACUAACGUAUUUUACAUAAUAAAUAAAAUACUGUUCGUUUUUCUAAAAUAUUGUUUAAUAAUCUUCAUAGACCAGAAUAUAUUUUAUUUCUUGUAAAAAAAGUUGGCAACCCUACAGCGAGGGAACGACGCAUGACGUCAUCUUUUUUCGAGUGUGCAGGCUCCAUCGAAUUACAAGACGUUGUCACGUCAAAAAAAUACUGUUAUGUGUGUGAUUUAGUAAGUUUAAUUGUAAACAGUAAACAUGGUAACGGCGCGUUUGAGAGGCACUUUAUUAGGACGUAGCAACAGGGUUGUCAAGCUUUAUGGACCUCGUUACAGUAAAACUGGGGUUGAAUUAAGUAAUUCAGUAGUUUACUUAUUCUUAGAUUGUCAUUUCCCUUAUAGCAGGGAUGGCCAACAGGUCGAUCGCGACUGUUAGUCCAGUAGAUCGUCGCAAGGCAAAAAAUAUAAAUACGUAGACCAGACUGCACAACGUAAUCACCAACUCCUUCACGCAUUAUCUCGUAUAUUUUUUAUAAAAAUUAUAAUAUAUGAUAGUUGACAUAGAGAAGAAAAAAUUUCAACAAUUUGUAAAUAUCAAGGUUCAUUUAUGAAAAAACGUCUACCUACCUACAACUUCAUUUUUGAGAAGUAAACGACAGAAAUUAGGGCAGUGGUAGCAAUCUAUUGAACCAACUUCUCAAGUCGCUUUAGCGAUUUGAGAAGUUGGUUCAAUUCAUCGGUUUAAUGAUUCCAUUGAUCAAAGUUAUAUCUAUGAAUUGGCUACUAAAGACGCAAUAAGUACUCACAUUAUGUAAUUGGUAGAUCGUACAGGGUUUCAAUAGUAAACAGGAGAUCUUGGGUCUAAUCAAGUUGGCCACCCCUGCCUUAUAGCAUGAAGAGUUAAGAAUGGAAAUAAAACUGCUAUUACAGCUGUAUUACUUUACAGUGUAAUGUGAGUCCUAAGGGUACCGCAACAAAACGCAGUAACUACAAUUUAUAACAAUUUUUAUAUUUCUGUUAUAAAUAGUAUGUACUCAGUAUUGUUACUUUUUUUAAUUCUGUCUUUACUGUUAAUUAUUUCAUUUCUGUAAAAAUACAUACAUGGUUUACAGAAAUUAAAUAGGUUGAUGGCUUAACGCUCAGGAUUCUGACUGAUGUACGACUCAAAAUAUUUUAUUCAAUUUAAUUAGAAUCUGAUUAAUUGAAGUGUGCACCUGUGCAAUAUCUAAAGUUAUAAAACAGUUUGAUUUUUUUUUCCUUUUUUCGUCAAAAAUUGUUAUUAAUUUUUUUUAACGUUUCACCUGUGUAUUUUUUUACCCUUAUUAUGUUUCAAAUCACCAUUUCUACGAGUAUAAAGGCAACGCUACAAGGUGCAAUAUGAUAUCGAAAUUACUACAGAGAUAUAGAAAUACAUUUUCUUCAAAUACAUUAAAAUCUGUAUGAAAAUUAAAAAAAAAGUGAGCUGUCCGGAGUUUAGUAUGACUGUGAAUUCUGAAACAAAUAUACCGUAAAACUAUAAGGCUAGCAAAUGAGAGAGUUAUUUUUUUAACUCGUUAUUUAUGUAUCUAUUUGCUAACAAAAAUAAAAAAUGAAAAUUAGAAAAUGAAUAUUGAAGAGGGAUACUAAUUUAUAGAGUCAUAAAAAGCCCGCAACGAGUUUUGUGUUCUAAUCAUAAUAUUAAAUUACGAAAUGUCAGUUUCAUUCUUUUGACCCCCGAUUUUUGCGUUAAAAUGAAAAUAGUCACGAGCUCAAAAUGAAUGAAUUAUAUUGGACUGCAUUGACUUGCAGGUUCACAAGCGUCCAUACCCUUUUCAAAUAUAAAACGUAUAUUUAAAAUAUUUUCCUUAGUAUAAAACAAGAACUUAUCAUUGCGGGAAAGUAAAAACCUGUAUUAGCGAAGGAAUUUUCCAUUUCUUACAAUUUGCAAGUCUAGUGCCUACCCUUAAUAAAAACCUUAUGCACGCCACCAAUGGUAUGGAGUAUGUCUGGCUAUCGCAAGCUCUUUAAGAAACUAGGACCCAGAAUGUCAUAACUUGUCUUAUUAAACAUAAUUGUAUAUUCUUAGCUGUCACAUGUAAAAUCCCUUUAUAGCUAAUUGUUUUAUAGUCACCCAUAACAUUUGAGGCUUAUAUGCAUUGACCAAACACGACAUUGAUUAUACACGACCAAAGAUUUCCUCUUAUUUUAAAAGACUUCGUCGGUAAAAUUUGAUAUUUUAUCUAUAAUAUCCAGCAAUCGAUAUGUGGAAAAGGGUUUUGAACUGUGUAUAUUUGGUUGUCUAUAUCAAUGAUUGUUUGGUAUGAAAAUAGAUUUUUUCAAAAAAUAAACAUAACAAACUUCAAUGUGACCAAAUCGAAUACAUUCGCUUAAUUAAUAUUAUAAAAUGUUCUAUACAGAUAUUUAUAGAAUAUGUACCUAUUAAUUAUUAUUAUAAGUAAAAUUAUGUAACGAUUGUAAUUAAAUCUUUAUUUCAAAA